AUGCCCGCCGUCUCGCCCACUCUCAAGACCACCGCCUCCUCGGAGCUUCUCACCGUGGCCGCGGGCUGCUUUUGGGGAGUCGAACACAUGUACAGAAAGCACUUUGCCGACAAGGGGCUUGUGGACGCCAAAGUAGGCUACUCGGGAGGAAACACGGAAGAUCCUUCGUACCGAAAGGUGUGCUCGGGCACCACAGGCCACGCUGAGGCCCUGCAGGUGUCGUUCGAGCCCGCCAAGGUGUCCUACGAGCAGCUGGUGGACUUUUUCUUCAAGAUCCACGACCCCACACAGGCCAACGGCCAGGGCCCCGAUAUCGGGUCGCAGUACCGAUCUGCCAUCUUCACACACUCGUCCGAGCAGCAGAAGAUUGCCGAGGGCGUCAAGCAGAAGCUGCAAGACACGUGGUUCAAGGACCCCAUUGCCACCGACAUUGAGCCCAUCCAGAACUGGUGGGACGCCGAGGACUACCAUCAGGAGUACCUCUUCAAGGAGCCCGGUGGAUACCAGUGCCCUACCCAUUUCUACCGAAACACCCCUCAGAAGUAG